ACUCUGCACGGAAUGAAUAUUAUAUGUAAUAGCAUAGACUAUAUUCAACUGUUAAACAACUUGCAUGGCAUAUCGUGCCAAUUUUGAUCGAGCCCUCGUUUCAAGUGUUACUUUGGAAAAUCUGAACAGGCCUAUGGGAGGCAGUGAUCCCGAUGGAGGAAGAGGAUAGAACAAAUGAAAAUGAAACCAACAACAGUAUGGUUGAAUUUGACAAACUCGAAACAGAAUUCAGGGAUGCAUUUGUACCGGACGCACUUUCCAAGUUAUUCGAUACUGAUGGCUCACAAUCAGCUGCAAUCAAGAAUGAUCAGGAAGCUCACGCAUGCCAGGGGCUUGUUACAAUAACCGAUGUCCAUGGGCUUCACGUUGUAGCAGGGAUCGUGUAUCAGACCCUAACCGACUUUGAAAAUUGGCUGUAUGAGACAGAGGCCGGUAAAGAUUUUCAGAGGGUCAUUCUUCAGGAGUUUCCAGACCUCAAGGACCCACUGGAAGUGGGACUGCGCGAUCUAUUUCGCGUCCUCGCACCAGUAUUGCGCCAGCUGCAGGACAAGUCUCAUCCACAUUUUCAGGACAUUGAACGCUGGUAUUCAAACUAUCAUUUGUUGGUGAAAGCCGUUGUCAAUUUCCUUCAUGGAGGAAUCGCGAGGCUGAGGAAUAGGGGAAGUGGACAAGGAAACGGCUCGUUCGAUUUGUCAAUUAUUGCCAUUAAGAUACUAAGCAUCCCCCAGGUGGAAAACUUCAUAGAAACCCUACGAGCACAGUGCAUGACCCAAUCAGCCGCUAUUCAACUCGGAUCGUUGAAUCCUCAGAUCUCUGAGGUGGUUAGACUUGCAGUUGAAGAACGAAUCGGUGGCCUCCUACGCUUUCUCCAGGAGGUCAUUAAACUUAAAGACCCUUCGAAUCCUAUUUUCAGAGAAAUAGAAUCCUGGUUUAGGGGCGCCAAUGUUUCAGUGCAAAUAGUUCUAGAUUUUCUCCAUGGAGCCAUCUGGGGGUUCUUGAACAAUGGGGCCUCUGAGGGAUUCGGUGCCCUGGACUUGGAAGGAAUUUUAAGAGAGAUGCAGAAGGCACGGGAUGCUAUUGAAACUUCGUGGCACAAUUGGUUCUGCAGAUUAAUUGAGACUGAAAGCUGCCGGGACUUGUUGAAGAUAAUAUCUCAGGAAUGGCUAGAUCCAAUAAGACCAAACGACGAUGAAUAUCGUGAAACCGUCACCCUGUUUGGCGCUAUUCUGAUUGGAAUGAAAAAAAGUCCUAACCUUUCGUUUCAACCAAUAGGUACAUGCAUAUAUAUAUAUAUAAAUGAAUAGAUUAGGAAGCGCAUGAAAGCUAUAAUGAAAAAAACAAACAUUGUCGGUGGUUUGCUUUGGG